GGCGCAGGGCGGGAGGACGCCGGGCGGUCGCGUGGCCGCGGGUGCGCUACCCGGGGGCGCAUCCCAGGCCCGCGGAUUUGGCCUCGCUGCUCCAGCCGUGCUCGCUGGCCCCCAGGGGCUUUGCAGCGGAAGCUGUGGCGGUGGCAGCCAAGCGUGCGUGCAGAUCCCCGCGACGACUGUGGGCGUUCGUCUGUGCAGGCCUGAGGCGGGAGCUGCCUUGGGGAACCAUCCCGAUGGGCACCAUCUCCCAAGGAAAAUGUUACCGAUGCUGUGCUUUUAUAGAAGGAUCUGGAAUAGUAAAAAAAAUCCCUUUUUAAAAACGGGAGGAAGAAAUUUAAACGAAUAACAUGAGGUUACAUAAAGUCCCCGUUUUUAUUAGUUCAAGCCAAGAGAGUAAAAGUAAAGCAUUGCUAUCUUUCACCAGAAAUAGCCUGUGUUUUAUUACUUGGAUCACCCAAUUUUUCUAAUACUCAUAAUGCCAGAAGGGAAAUCGCCUGACAAAAAAAGACCUCGGAGAAGCUUAUCAAUCAACAAAACUAGAAAAAAUUCAUCUAACUCUAUCGUUUCGUAUUUUAACAAUGCACCACCUGCUAAACUUGCUUGCCCCAUUUGUAGUAAAAUGGUGCCCCGGUAUAACUUAAACCAGCACCUUGAUGAAAUGUGUGCUAACAAUGGUGAUGUCAUUCAAACGAAUCCAGUACAGGUUAACUUAAUGAAUUCAAAUGUGACCACAGUAGAUUUAAAGAAUACUGCCUUAGAAGAUGUAAGACCAAGGAAGUCACCACCAAAGACAAGUCCAAUCCCUCACCAAAGUGGUUUGGCAAAAAUGAGCGCAAAACAGCAGACCAGUCCUUACUUUAAAAGUACUGAUGCCUUGGUGUGCAAAAAUCAAGAUGAGCUGAGAAAUCAUUCUGUGAAAGUCAUUUCUUUGGGAAGCCUGUCAUCUAAAUUGUCCAGGAAAUACAUAAAGGCUAAAAAGUCACUAAGUAAGAAUGAGGAAUUUAGCAAUAAUUGUCUACAGAGUUCCCCAUCCACAGCUGUUAAAAGCCUGAUUGCUAACUGUUUAGAAAUUGAGGACAAGGAUCAAAUUUUGGAGAACAGUUCUCAAAAAGAAAAUAUUUUUACAUGUGAUUCUCUAAAGGAAGAGAAUAUUUCUGAACCUAUGGUAAAAGGUGAUAAAAUAGUGGAAGCUGAAAGCCAAAAGACUGCUCAGAAAUGUGGGAAAUUCACCCUUACCCCUGGGUUCUCUGAUAAAGCUCCCAUGUUAUUUUCUCCAGAUUUAUUCCUUGGGAAUAAUUUAAAGUAUACUUCAGAAGAUAGUCUUGUAAAGCAAGAGAAUGUCAAAGAUAUAGAUGAUAAAGGUGUUGAAAAACUUGAGGCAUGUAAUUGUAAAGAAGUAGAAAUGACUGUUGUUUCAGAACUUAAAACACAGUUGUCAAAUUCAGAGGCAAAUUUUCCAAGUUCUACAAUUGCUUCUGAGUGGAGUAACUUUCAAGAAGUUUUGGAAGGUGAGAGUGGCUUAAAGAGUAAAAUCACUUGUAGCACUGCUGUGGAGCAAGGGUCAAGCUGUGGUGUUCCUGAUAAGAUGCCGCAAACACUGAGUCAUCCUUACUAUCUUCRGAAUUUCCAUAUGGUACUGAAAGCUGUACUUGAGAAUGAAGAUGAUAUGAUGCUCUUUGAUGAAGAGGAGAAGGGAAUUAUAAGUAAAUUUCAUCAAUUAUCAGCUAGUGGUCAGAAAUUAUAUGUAAGGCUCUUUCAACGUAAAUUAAGCUGGAUUAAGAUGAAUAAAUUAGAAUAUGAAGAGAUUGCUUCAGACUUAAUACCUGUGAUUGAAGAAUUGAAGCAYGCAGGCUUUCUCCAGACAGAAUCUGAAUUGCAAGAACUCUCUGAAGUCCUUGAACUUCUUUCUGCUCCUGAGCUGAAAACUCUGGCUAAGACCUUCCACUUGGUAAAUCCCAAUGGACAGAAACAGCAGCUAGUGGAUGACUUUCUCAAAUUGGCCAAACAGCGUUCAGUCUGCACUUGGGGCAAGAGUCAGUCUGGAAUCAGAGCAGUGAUUUUAAAAAGAGCCAAAGACUUGGCUGGACAGUCACUGCGAGUCUGUAAAGGCCCCAGGGCUGUGUUUUCCCGGAUCUUGCUACUGUUUUCAUUGACAGACACCAUGGAAGAUGAAGAAGCUGCUUGUGGUGGCCAAGGUCAGCUUUCUACUGUGCUGUUGGUCAAUCUCGGCCGAAUGGAGUUUCCUAGUUAUACCGUCAAUCGGAAAACACAAAUUUUUCAAGACAGAGAAGAUCUUAUCAGAUAUGCAGCAGCUGCGCACAUGCUGAGUGACAUUUCUACCGCGAUGGCCAGUGGGAACUGGGAAGAAGCUAAGGAGCUCUCUCAAAGUGCAAAAAGGGAUUGGAACAAWCUGAAAAAUCACCCUUCCCUAAGAUACCAUGAGGAGUUACCACUCUUUCUUCGGUGUUUUACUGUYGGGUGGAUAUAUACAAGGAUUUUGUCUCGGACUGUUGAAAUCUUGCAGAGACUUCACAUGUAUGAGGAAGCUGUUAAGGAACUUGAAAACCUUUUGUCACAGAAAAUUUAUUGCCCUGAUAGCAGAGGCAGAUGGUGGGAUCGACUGGCUCUUAACUUACACCAGCACUUGAAGCGCUUGGAACCGGCUAUCAGGUGCAUUAUUAAAGGGCUGGCAGAUCCAGAGGUAAGGACAGGACACCGUCUUUCACUUUAUCAGAGAGCCAUGCGCCUGCGAGAGUCUCCAAGCUGUAAAAAGUAUAAGCACCUCUUUCAUCAGCUGCCAGAAAUUGCUGUUGAAGAUGUUAAACAUGUGACCAUCACGGGCAGGCUGUGCCCACAGCGUGGGAUGGGCAAGUCUGUAUUUGUCAUGGAGUCUGGGGAUACUACUGACCCCACCACAGUACUGUGCUCUGUGGAGGAGCUGGCGCUGGACUAUUACAGAUGCAACGGCUUUGACCAGGGGAUCCAUGGAGAAGGGUCUACCUUCAGCACCCUGUAUGGCCUCCUUCUGUGGGAUAUAAUCUUCAUGGAUGGGAUACCAGACGUCUUCAGAAACGCCUACCAGGCAUCCCCACUGGACUUGUGCACAGACAGCUUCUUCACCAGCAGGGGCCCAGCCCUUGAGGCCAGACUGCAGAUGAUUCACAGUGCCCCUGCAGAGAACCUGCGAGCCUGGGUGGCAGCCACAUGGCAGGCCCAGGAAGGCAGAGUGGCUUCUCUUGUCAGCUGGGACCGCUUCACUUCUCUUCGGCAAGCUCAGGAUCUUGUCUCCUGCUUGGGGGGUCCCAUCCUCAGUGGUGUGUGCAGGCGACUGGCUGCUGACUUCCGACACUGCCGAGGGGGCCUCCCUGACUUGGUGGUGUGGAACUCCCAGAAUCACCGUUUUAAGCUUGUAGAAGUUAAAGGCCCCAGUGAUCRACUUUCACAAAAGCAAAUGAUCUGGUUGGAUGAACUGCAGAAGUUGGGGGCUGAAGUAGAAGUCUGCCAUGUGGUUGCAGUUGGAGCUAAGAGCAAAGGCCUCAGCUAAAGCCAUCAAAUUGGGAAUAUUUACUCAUACAGUAAUAUUUUUAAAAGCAUAAAGUAGUAUUACAUUGUAUUUAAUUUUGAUUUUAUCGUCAGUUAUAAACCUGAAUUACUAAUUGAUCAUUGUAUAGUGUCUGUAUCUCGGAGAACAUGGUGUCUGUUUGAAAUACAUGAAUUGAUCCCACACAGUGGGUAAUGGUCUUUUUUAUAAAUGGUCAAAACCCCGUUGGCCAUUUUAGGAGCUGGAUACAUCUAUGCCAAUAAAUUAGACUUAAGAAAAAUAAAAGCAAAAACAGAAAUGCAAACGUAGUUCAUAGCUUUCAGCUUAGGUCUUCUAUAAAAGUAACAAAUAAUUUGGAAACGAAGAUCCUUGAAUUCAAGUCUUUCUAUACUCUUUUACACAUUUAGCUGUUAAAUAUUCUUGUUUUGUGACUACUCAAGAAGGGCAGAAACAACAGUGCAGAUUCAGAUUGCCUCAGGAAUUAUACAGUUCUCUUGAAUUUCUUAACUUCUUAUAGUACAGCAUCUGUAGAUGCUUGCUAUUACCAGUUAGGGCAAGAUUGCCAACAGCACGAGCAGUAUUUUUCAAGGCAGUUGUACCUCUUCAUCCUCUAUGUUGAAACAAGGCUGCUCAUCACCAUUGUUGGGUCUCAAGCAGGYAGAAAGGUGAUUUAAAUAAAUGCUAGGCCCAGGAUGUGGGCUAGAGUCCUUGGUCUCCCAUAGACUGGGAACUUCUGGGAGAAACUUAACUCCCAGUUUUUGUGUUUAUUAAAUGGAAGGACCAGUUAGGGAAUGGUUUAUUACUACCCACAUGGCCUAAAUACAGCCAUUUCUAAAAUGUAAAAAUUGUUACUGAUCAUGACUCCAUUUUAGAGGGCAAGCAAAACCCUGUGUGAAUGAGGCAGUAUGUAUAGGUAAGAGAGGUAUUUACACAUCUUCAGUCACUGUGCUCUGGCAUAUUUCAUAUUAAUAAUUAUGACAAAUAAUUUCAUGGAAAUUUUAUUCAGCAUCAAGAUUUCCUUCACAUUCAUUCUGCUGAACAAGAUCUUUCCUACUCAUCCUACUUCAACUCAAGUCAUCAGUUUUAGGCACAAAGGUUUUGUUUUCUAAGUCAAGUUUUAACUACUUGAGGUUACUGCCACAGCAAGAAGAUUUUGUUGAAAGUUGUGUUGAACAGUUUUCACCAUGUUAGUACAAAUUAAUAUCCUUUCCUUAAAUAAAGUUAGACAAUUUUGGUUUUAAAAUUGGUUCCCAUCAUAAAACAACAGUGAGACACUGUACAUCUUCAAGUCCAACACUAGGAAGUCCAAUGCUAUCUGGCCUUUGCCUGGAUUCCAUCACCACAGGCUCCACAGGGCCACGGGGACUAGGGGUGUUGAGCUCUCUUUGGUACAUUGCACGCAGCCAUACUUACCAUUUCUGUCACCACAGUGUCAUUUUUGUUCGUAGAGAUGCCAAGCAGCUUUAUAAUGGCCCAGACUUAAGGCUGUUAAUAGUUGUUUUUCAUAUUAUGCACAAUGAACUGUGACACAAUAAUCAUGAUAAUAACAACUAUUCAGUAAAAAUAAGACAAACCCCAUAUUUUACUACAUUUGAUUAUCAUACAAAAAUAUGCAUUUUUCUAUUUUAAAACAGUAUUAAUAGUACCUAAUCUUUUUUAAACUUAUAAAUUCACACACACACACAUAAAAAUCUAAAGGAGUUGAAAUAAAUGUGUGAGGAAAGAAAAUUAUACAGAAAUAGGUGUUCAAUUCAAAAAAUAAAUUUAGAACAAUUUAUAAUAAUAAAAAAGCAGCUUAGUGAAGAAGGGGGAAUUAUUAUUAAAAUUUCAAUAGCAGAAAAUACUAUGGUGUCUUAAAGGGGUUGGGGCUGGUUUCUAAUCAAGGAUUAUAAAAUCUUUAGUGACAAUAAUGUUAUUUGUACAUACUGAAAAUAGCUCUUGUUUUCUACGAAACAAGUUGGCUUUCAAAACAUUGCGUUUAUCCACAAAAUGAGAAAUUUCCUAAGACACUUUUAAGAAAAAACAAUUUUUAARAGGCAUACAAUUAAAGUAGAAAUAGCUGUUUAGUACACAUAUAGGUAAAACUAUCCUGGAAAAAAAAACUUGUUUGGGGAAAGGAAAUAAGCUAACUAGAUACUUUACUAUAAUUUUUUUUUUCAAAAUUCUCAAGAUGGCAGUUUAAGGAACUUUAACAUAGUCAGAUUUGAAUACAUGUAUCUUUUAAGCAGAUGGGGAUUUGUUGGGGGGAAUGGCACUAAAUGCCACUACCAGCAGCACCAUUUUAAGGAGCUUAAGCUUGGACCUUGGCUAGGUUCUUAUAGUUUGAAAACGGGAAUUUCAGAUCAGGAAUAUACCUUUUUAAAUUUAUUGGUCUCCUCUUAAUAUUGCUGUCAAAAGUCAGGAAAGCAUGUGAGGGAGUUCUUUGUAUUAGAACAGCAGUAUUUUGAGAGAAGUACACUUUUAUUUCUCCUGUUCUUUAUUUGUAAGCAUUAAGAACUUUAGGAGAAGCACUUCUGUGCAGGUGCCCUGACUUGUGACUUCACUAGUUAUUUCCAUGGUGUGCCUGCCAGCAACACUUCACCAGGCUGGGAAUGCUGACAGGGAAGCCAGGGAUGCCUCCAAGCAGGCCUUGCGGUCUAUGCAGAUAGCACUCUACUGUCUAGGAACCAGUCUGCCAGAGCUAGGGCUGGAUGGCCUGACAAACUUCUCAGGAUUAGAACUCAGGCUGCUGUGUCCUCAGUGAUUUUCAAAGGGACAGAAAUUUACUUUGGGAACUCCUGGCUACUGUUAUGAA